CUUAACCCUCCGGCUGCUUUCCAACCUUAAACUUGUUCUCCUCCAAAGUUUGCUUGUCAUAUUCAGCCAACUUGAUACGCACGCAGCAAAACACGUCGCACGCAUAAGCGACCACGCAAACGCCCUGCUAUUUUGGGCUGUGAUCUAAAUUGCACCAUCUUUUAAGCUUUUAUUUAUCAGUCUGUAGUUUGUAAGGUCGAAUCGGGCCUGCACGCGUUUCAAUCAAAUGACGAAUUCUCUUCUUCGGGGGCCCAGCGGCUCGUUGGCUAGCUCGGCGAGUAGCCCUAGCACAAGUGGAAGAUAUCCUGCUGUAAUCACAAGGGCGCGUGCUACACCUCGUGGACUUGGGGUUUCGGGACCGGCGGCUCUGUUGGCCUGCAACGUUGCCUGCAGCGGGAGGCCUGCCGCUCGCCGCGUUGCGUCUGUUGUUACGCGAAGCAUUGCGGAUGGCCAUGACGCGGAGCGACUGAAGGAUUGCGACGUGCUGCAACUCGAGACAUUCCUCCAGGCCAUCCGGGAGCGGAACCAAGGCCCCUCCCAGGCCCCCGGUGAGGUGUUCCUGGUGGGGACUGGCCCCGGCGACCCCGGGCUGCUGACGCUGCGGGCGGCGCAGCUGAUGGCAACUGCCGACGUGGUGCUGUACGACAGGCUUGUGUCUGAUGAGAUCCUGCAGCUGGUGGGUCCGUCCGCGCGCAUGGUGUACGUGGGCAAGACGGCUGGCUACCACACGCGGCGGCAGGAGGAGAUCCACGAGCUGCUGCUGGCCUUCGCGGAGGCGGGCGCGCUGGUGGUUCGGCUCAAGGGCGGCGACCCGUACGUGUUCGGGCGCGGCGGCGAGGAGGUGGGCUACCUGGCCGCGCACGGCAUCCGGGUGCACUGCGUUCCCGGCAUCACGGCGGCGGCGGGCAUCUGCGCGGAGCUGGGCAUCCCGCUCACGCACCGCGGCGUGGCCACCUCGGCCCGCUUCCUGACCGGCCACAGCCGCGAGGGCGGCGAGGAGGCGCUGGACGAGGCAGUGGCACUGGCCGCCGACCCGCACACCACCCUCAUCGUCUACAUGGGCCUCUCCAACCUCGCCAAGCUGGCCUCGCAGCUGGUGGGCGCGGGUCUGGACCCUGCCACGCCCGCGGUGGCGGUGGAGCGCGGCACGACGCCCGGGCGGCGGGUGGUGUACGGCAGCGUGGCGGAGCUGCACGAGCUGGCGGGGCGGGCGGGGUUGCGCACGCCCACGCUCAUCAUGAUUGGGGAGGUGGUGGCGCUGAGCCAUGGGUGGCAGGGCUGGGCGGCGGCGGGGCGGCCGCUGGAGUGGAACGAGGCGUCGAGCUACCCGGCCCUGAAGCUGAGCCUGCAGCUGGAUAUGGGCGCAGUGGGAGGAAAGGUGGGGGCGGCAGGGGUUGAGGGUGAGGGGAAAAAGCGGGCGCGCCGCGGGGCUGGCUCGAGGAGUGGCGAGGAGCAGGCGGGGCUGGUGGGCGCGGCGUGAGCGGUAGGUGCCGCUUGUGUGAUGGCUGGGGCGUGUGGUGGUGCGCGCGUGGUGUAGCUUGGACAGCUGUGCCGUGUGUAUGGUUACAGUAAGACGCUUGUACAGUAGCGCUUUUGUGUUUGAUGUAAGUCACGGCCUCGUGUGUUUUUACGGUACAGUUCACGGCCACGUCCGGAUUUGCGGGGAUGCCAAAGGCCCCCAACAUAGAGGCGUGUGCUUAGUAGGCGCCCGCGUCAAGGUGGCUGGGUUGAUAACGACCCGGGAGGGGAGGGCUCAGCCCUUUUCCUGCCUCCCUAAGGCAGCCACCUCCUUGUUACGGUACAUGUAUGACUAUGCAUAUGAAGUGACUUGAGAACUGUCGCUGGGCACACUUGAGACUGUCGCUGGGCACUCAAGGUAGUGUGAAUGGAUCACGGUGCAAACCCGAAAAACAAAAGCUGUUCACUUGUCCGAUCAUCCAAUGGGCGUGGUGAUGUGCACGGCAUGGCCUUGGGCGUGGCAGUGAUAGGCUGAUAUAGUGCUGGGGAUACGCGCGUGGCAGGACGCCUUUCAUGUCCCGACUUGCAAUGUACGGCGCCACGGUAUGUGCCAUGUUCCCACAUGGGUACUGGGUAGAACUAAGCCACUGCGGUAGGCAAACAGCCAUUAGAAUAUGUGCGAUGUAACAUGAAGUGAAGAGUCCAGGGCACUUUAUUUCGGUUCGGUACGGUAACAUGCACCAUCUCACAUGAGGCGUACGACAAGGUCCUUUGGG